CUCACCCAUCCACGUCCAAACCCAGCCAUUGCCCCUCGGUCGCACAUCAACAUGUCUCUCCUUGGAAAGAAGUUCCCCGGCGCUGUCGCCCGGCCUAUGCUCCCCUUCUAUGUUUCCGGCCUCGUUAUCCUCUACGGCGUCAACUCCUUCGCGACCACAUUGGCAGCCACCGAUGAGUACAAGAACGACCCCCGGAACCCGGCCCUCAGGAACCAAGCCGCUGCCGGCCAUUAAAUGCACAAUCAUGGGAAGGGAAGUUCAUGAGGCAGCGUACUGAGCGAAUUUGGAGGCAUUGUACAACACAGCACAUGUGCGCGGGGCUGCUGGCAUGAAGAAGCAUUCCGAGAUGACUGUAUAGAAUUCCCAAGAGAUCUCUGUUCCGUCACCAGUACCACUUCAUUGCACUCGGAGUUUGUAAUACUGACACCGCACGUUUACGUAGCGGAAGCUCGUCUGGAAGCGGAUUCAAAAGUACAGGCAAGCGUGGAGCCUGGACAAAAGAUUGUCCACGUCUUGGCUGCGUAAAGUCAACGUUGGAACUGCACUGCUCGAGCUUUUCCUGGCGAUUUCCAGUUGUCUGGGUAUAUAUGGCGUGUGCUCAUCUUGGCC